AAACAAUAAAGAGGCACAAUUGAAGAUAACUAACAGUAUGGUCAAUAAUGGAAGAAAAUUCGAAUAAUUUCAGUACUCCUCUCUUGCCUCAAUCAGAUGAAAAGAAACCAUCACAGAUAUGCAGUUUUAUUCGUGUUGUUUUUAAAUGCUCAUCAUGUUUCGAAAAGUUUUUGUUUCUACUUGGAGUGCUUUUCUCUUUGAUGACGGGUUUUUGCCAACCGUUUAUGAGCUACACAUUUGGAGAAGUUUCUCAAGUCCUGGUAACAAUAACAAAUGCAAUUAACAACAAAACUAUUGACCCUGCCGAUCUCGAAAAAGCAUAUGAAGAGUAUGAGCGCGGAAUGAACCAGGUCGUCUUUCAUUUCUUUUUAUGCGGAUGCGCGUAUUUUAUUUUUGCAUCUCUACAGCACGCUAUCAUGAAAUACGUUGGAGACAACACGACAUAUCGCGUUCGAAAACAAUAUAUAUCACGCUUAUUAAAAAAAGAUGCUCAGUAUUUUGAUAGCGUGUCGACUGGACAUUUGUCCACUGUAUUAAAUGACAACUUGGAACGUUUCCGAGAAGUAUUUAAUGAGAAAAUUGCACUCAUAAUCGCAUUUGUUACUGAUUUUACACUUGGAACUGCAUUAGCAUUUUAUACAGAUUGGCGUCUGGCUUCGUAUGGAAUCUUUUUUUCACUUGGAAUUGCAUUUUCUGGGUUUAUAAACUCAGCAGGUGUAAUGAAGACAACUGGAAAACAGAACACGCAUUAUGCUAACGCUGGGUCCAUAGCCUUCCAGACACUUGGUGCAUACAAAACAGUUUGUUCUUUGAAUGGCCAGAAAACUGAGAUUGAAAGAUAUACAGAAGAACUGAAGGCUGGAGAAAAAUAUGGUAUUCGUAGAGCUCUUAUGUACUCCAUUUCGAGAGGUGUCACUUACUUUUUCUGUAACAGCUUGAACACUGUUGUUCUCUAUGUUGGAGCAACUAUGAUUUAUUCUGGUACACUGGAAACAGCGGUCGUUGUUAGGCUUUUCCACUAUAUGUUGUUUGGAGCCUUCUGUCUUAGUGAAGCACUGCCUCAUAUCUCCCGCCUAGCUGGUGCAAUUUCUUCCACAGCACCCAUUGCAGAGAUGCUGAUUAAAGAUGACAACGUUAUCGAAAAAGACGAGACAGACUACGACGUGGAAGUGGAAGUUAAUGGAAAUAUUUCUUUCAAAAAUGUAAAAUUCUCGUACCCAACUCGACCAGAUGCACAAGUUUUGAAAGGAAUCUCGUUUGAUGUUCAAAAUGGAGAAUGUAUCGCUUUAGUUGGUGCUAGUGGAAGUGGUAAAAGUACUGUAGUGCAGUUACUCCUUCAUUACUACAAUAUUGAUUCUGGAAAUAUAUUUAUUGAUGGAAUGGAUUUGAACGAUAUGAAUAUCAAAAGACUUCGUCGAGUGAUUGGAGUCGUUUCCCAAGAACCAGUACUUUUUAAUACUACGAUAGAGGAAAAUAUUAGAUUUGGAAACCCAAAUGUGUCUUUACCGGAAAUCUAUGGAGCCUUAAGAAAAGCAAAUGCUUAUGAUUUUGUGUGCUCUUUUCCAAAAGGGAUCAAAACAAUAGUUGGCGAGAGAGGUACACAGCUUUCUGGAGGACAAAAGCAAAGAAUCGCAAUUGCACGAACGUUGGUUCGAAAUCCAAAAAUUCUUCUUCUCGAUGAGGCAACCAGUGCAUUGGAUAAUGAAAGUGAGCAAGUUGUACAGAAAGCACUUGAAAACGCGUCGCAAGGAAGAACAACUAUAGUUGUGGCACAUCGAUUAUCAACAAUCAGAAAUGCCAGUAAAAUUAUUGUGAUGCAAAAAGGAGAGAUUGUUGAAGUUGGGAAUCAUGAUGAGCUAAUUGCGAAACGAGGUGUGUACAAUGAUCUAGUUCAAGCCCAAUUGUUAGAAUCUCACGAUGACCAUGAAGAGCUUCCACCACUUGCUGCAAGACAACUAUCACAAGAGUUAUCACCAUUACAUAGUUAUGCAAUUCAAAGAAGUACAAGUAAUGACGCAGGUGUUCAUGACGAUGAUAUGGAACGAAUAUUAGAUGAACUCAGCAAAGAAGGAGCAAAGAAAUCAAAUCUCAGAGAAAUUGUGAAGCAAUGUCGACCAGACUACUGUUUCUUAUUUAUUGCAGUUUUUGGAAGUGCCAUACAAGGAGUUAGCUAUCCUAUACUGGCUCAAUUGAUAGUACGAACAUAUGAAGGGUUCGCGAUGAUUGGUGAAGACAUGCUCUACUACAGUCACCUUUGGGCGCUAUCUUUCAUGUUUCUGGCUGUGUUCCGUCCACUUACAUUAUAUUGUCAAUAUUACUACUUUGGAAAAGUUUCUGAACAAUUAUCCACACGACUCCGCAUCAAGUCGUUCAGUCAUAUGUUGUCACUUCCAUGCGCAUUUUACGAUGAUCCCAAUCACUCUGCAACUCGAUUGUCUAACAGAUUGAAUACGGAUUCUUCUAAUGUCAAGGCAGCAGUAGAUGAUCGGCUGGGAUGUGUCAUCAUGACUGUGGUAGCAAUUUCAAUCGCAAUUACAACUGCUUCCUUGUACUGUUGGAAAAUGACUCUAGAGGUAUUGAUGUUUUUCCCAUUGUUGUACCUGGCUGAAUAUUGUUACGAAGCAGCCACCGAAACCGCUAUCCAAGAAGAUACAAUCGCCUUUGAAAAUAGUAACAGAACUGCGAUUGAAGCGUUGGAAAAUGUGAGAACAGUUCGAGCACUUAAUUUGGAAGAUAAAAUAAUGUCUUUAAUAUCUGAACAUCUACAAAAAAUUCACAAAUCUUAUUUCAAAAGAGCCAUUAUUCAAGGUGCUGCAAACGGUCUCUCUCUUAGUUGUUUCUUGUUUGUGUACUCGGUUUCUUUCAAAUUUGGAACAUAUUUAGCUUUACGGAAAGAAGUAGCUCCAAUGGAUACUUAUCUUGUUUUAAUGACUCUUUCCAUGACAGCUAAUAUGGCUGGAUCUGCAGCUGCAUAUCUCCCAGAUUACAAAAAAGCAGUUCAUGCAGCUGGAUUAAUAUUCCAUUUGUUCACAUAUCCAGCUACGAUGCCAUUCAGUUCCAGUGAUGGAAAGAAAAAUAUUGAAAAGGGAGAAAUUAUUGGAGAGAAUGUUCAAUUUCAUUAUGAUCAACGGCCGGAUCGUAUGAUAUUGAAUGGUGUUAAUCUGAAAGUAGACCCAGGAAAAACCCUUGCUCUUGUUGGUCCAAGUGGUUGUGGAAAGUCGACAAUCAUUUCAUUGCUAGAGAGGUUCUAUCACGCAGUUGAUGGAGAAGUCAAAAUUGACAGCGAAAACGUCGAGGAUAUCAAUUUGAACCACCUUCGAUCUAAUUUAGCUCUGGUAUCACAAGAGCCAACUCUGUUCAACUGUUCAAUCAGAGAGAACCUUUUGUAUGGGCUCACAAGAUCCGUGCCACAGUUAGAACUUGAAAAGGCUUUGCAAACGGCAAAUGCGUUCAACUUUGUAUUUCAGUUCCCACAGGGUCUGGACACACUUGUUGGUGAACGUGGAGCUCAGUUAUCCGGUGGUCAAAAACAAAGGAUUGCGAUUGCUCGAGCAAUCCUGAGAAAUCCAAAAGUUCUUCUAUUGGAUGAAGCGACUAGUGCUCUGGACAGUGACAGUGAAAAAGUAGUUCAAAAUGCUCUUGACACUGCAAGUGAGAGACUAUCCACUGUUGUUGUUGCACAUCGGCUAUCAACAGUAGUCAAUGCAGAUUCCAUUGCUGUUCUGAAAAACGGAAAAGUUGCAGAACAAGGAACACAUGAAGAACUAUUAAGGAAAAGAAGUAUAUACUGGAGACUUGUACAAAAACAAGGAAUUCAAGUGGAGACACCAUCCGAUUAAUUAUUUCAUUUAAAAAUUUUAUAGUUGUUUGUUUUUUUGUAGCUGUUUUCAUUGUUUUAUUUAUUUGCCUCUUUUCAGAGGCAGUGUUUAUUUUUUAAAAAUAUUUGAACAGAAGCCUAUGUUGGUUAUAAAUUGUUUAACAUUU